AAACCUAUUUUGGCGGCGUCACGUGUAAAGAAAUGCUGGAACGACUUGUGUUUUGGGAUCAAUGGUAGUGGACGUUCCUGUGAAUUCAUAGACAGGCUGCUGCUGCGUCCUGUGGCAGUCCUUGCAUGUUGGAGUAGUGGCUGUUCAGUGGAUGGAGUGGUAUGGCGAGUGGAGAUGGGGACCGGCUGAGAGUGGUGAGUGCGGCGAAUCUGCGUCACAAGAUGGACGCCCUCGUGUCUGACCUCUCCCAUGCGCUGGAUGAGUCGCAGCUCCCACAGUACCAUCGCAAGAGGAGAGGCUACAAGCGCCGAGCCAAGUUAGCUAACAACCUCGGGCUGUCAAGUAACCGCGGCUUGAGUGAAGACUCUUCAAGCAGCAUUGGUGAGGUGCUCUUGUCUCAGGAUAACAAGUCAUCCAUCCCUCUCACUGACUCAGAUGACAUGAGUCCUCCACCAGAGCAGCGGCACCGCACGCAGCUCCUCACUCACCACCGCCCCUCCUCCAACCUGGUGGAGUCAGACUCUGUCAAUGAGAACUUUUCACCAGCACGGCCUCACAAUCGCAGCUGGCCGCACCCUGCCAGCCAUUCAUCUCAAAGCUCUCCCAUCCCUGGAGGGAGGCCAGGCCAGAGUGUCAACAUUUUUUUAUACAGGAAGAGGAAGUGCAAGAGGAUGGCGCUAGACCCUGAUGUCCCUUCCACCUCCAUUCCCCCUGGUCCCCCCACCAACCCAUCCACACUCCCCAUGGCGAAACCCACUGUGGCUGUUGCCGGCCUGCCUGGUGCCUCCUCCAACACCCGCAAGAAAAAAGUACUCCGCCCAUCACUGGACUCAGAGAACAGGUACCUGGCCGUCUCAGCAGGCAAGCGAAAGAGAGGGCGUGAGCGGAGUGUGGAGUGGUGCAGCAGCAACCAUCUUUCCCACAGCAAGCGGCAUGGAUCUUCCACCAGCCAUUUUCACAGUCUUCGGAUGCAUCGGUCAUCCCAGCCUGGCACAGAGAACAAUAUGGACUAUGAUUACUCUGAUGAGGCCAACAUGGAGCACAGCAGUAGUGAGAGCAGCAGUGAAAGUGAGACAGGCAUCUACACCUGUGAUGAAGGCCGAGAAGCAGAUGAUGAGCAGAGUGACUGGUUUGCUGAGCCAGACCCUGUGUAUGGUGUGCCAGGUGCUCCAAGCUCCACACGACAAAGGAACCCUUCAAACCGUCUCUCCUGGUGGAAUGAUGAGUUCGGCCUGUCCCUUUCAGCUAAGGCUCUGUUCAAAGAGAGGUAUGAGACAAUGUCUGUGGAGAACCAACAGGCUUGCAGACUCAGAUUCCAAAAGCUUAGAGAGAGGCUUUUGAGACGAGAGAUCCGGGCCGGGCGCCGGAGACUGAGGGAUAGAAAGCCAGGGUUCAGCAUUGUGUCUUCUGUAAAUGACAAAGUUUCUAGAUUUCUUCAGGAUCCACUACAAUCAGAGUUGCGAUUGAGACCGAUGACAGACAAGGACCGAGACCAGCUGAAGCAUCUGGCCAAUUUGUACUCCCUCAACAUCCACAGUAAUGAUGACCAUACAGCUCCAAUCCUCACCAAGACCAGGAACACCAUCACCAAGCAGUGGCUGGAGGUGGAUGAGGCCCUGGCAUGUGGGGGAGCCUUCCCUGGGGGUCUCCCUGUACCCCUGAGUGACUUGAAGCGGCGUAGGCGCACUCCUCCACCACCACCUAAUAAUCUAACUGAGGGGAGCAAUGAUUCAGUGGAGAGUGUGUCCAACAGUGCUGGACUCUCAGGUGGCUACCGUCCUCCGGUGCCUAGCGUCAGCUGGGAUGAUGAUGUGGGUGACUACUGUGCUGAUUCCUUGUCAGAGCGACUGGCAGACUCAGAGCCAGACCCGCUGCCUUCCCCUACCUCUCUUGGCCUGCAUGACUGCACGCUCUGAGGUUGCUUGUUGCAGGCUGCUCCAUCACUGCCAUAGUUAAAGUCUCAGUUUCAAGAACAGGGCUUGGCUGGACCACUGCAGGAAUUUCACAUAUCUUUGCCAAGUCAGAGAGAGAAGCUUGCUUUCCCAUUCUUUUGUAAUCACUGAGAGACAAAAGCUAGUACACAAGAUUAUGUAAAAAUGGAAAUUAUUGAUCUUGAGCAAAGAAUUAUUUUGUAGUUGUCAGUUCAAUAUUUAUUUAUAGGCAAGGUAAAGGUCUGUUUUUAUCCUCAGGGUCUAGACAGGAGACCGUAACCAUUUAUAGCUCUAUGGACAAUUUACUGUAGAUGUGUCCAGUAAACCAUACAGUGUUGCAAGCCAUAGUUCCUUAUUAACAUUAAGAUUGAUCUUUCAGAGAUUUCUUUCAAUAGUGGCACAUUAUUACUUUGCAAAAUUAAAACCUGUGUUAGACUUUUCUAAAUUGAUAUUUUCAUAUUCUUCUGUCAAUGUUCAAACACUGUUCAAAUUAUUUUAAUGAAAUAGAAAUAGGAAGUAAUUAGAUUUUUUAAAAGUACAACUAUUUUCACCAUGAUAAAUAAUUUUUAUAAAUUUAUAACUAAUUGAUUAAUGCAUAUUGUAAUUGGUUAACAAAAUGUACAUACAUCAUAUAGUCAUUGAGAAGUUAUUGAAAUUGAUCAGAAAAGUAAAUUUCUUUCACUUCAGCUUGAUGACUUCAUCAACAGAUCCUAUUUCCUAAAAAUGGUGUGUUCAAGAGAGCACCAGUAAGAAAUAUUGCUCUGUGUUACAGUAAUGGUCAUCAAAUUAUUCAAGAAUGAGCUAAUAUCAGCUGUUGGUCAUUCAUGCUGCUGGCAAUGAUCAGCAGCCAUUCAUGUCUUGCCAUACAUCAGAUGCUAAGGAACAGUUCCUGUGAUCUUUGAUUUGCAUGGUGAUAGAUGUCAUGGUUUAGCAUUAAAGUUCAGUUAGACUGAGAUAGUUGAAAACCAAUAUGAACUUGAAUUGUUAAGCACUGAUAUUUAUGAGCUGGCUCACCAAUUACAUAUUAAAAGAUUAAGAAUUUUGUAAUGGUUUAUGUGUAAAACCAUAAUUUGUAAGCAGCAGAAGAUGGUGUUGAUUUAAAGGAAUGGCUCCAAACCAUAUUGCUAUAGGUAGAAGUGUAGCUAGUGAGGCUGACAGGGUCUGAGAAACUGUUACUUCACCGCUUCCUUGACCCUACUAUUUAGGUGUGCACCAAGUGUGGUUCUUGCUCAGGAAAUAAGUCUGUUAAGUCUAAGUCAUUCCUGCCCAAAAUUUAAUUAAAUUAUUUCAUGGUGCCAUAGCUUUAAUGGUAAAUCUGAACAGAAUAUGGUAGUUGAUAGUUAUUUAUGAGUGUAAAUAUUUACUAAAUAUUAUGAAAAUC